AUGCGUUCCAAGUUUAAGGACGAGCACCCUUUCGAGAAGCGCAAGGCUGAAGCUGAGCGUAUCCGACAGAAAUAUGCAGAUCGUAUUCCUGUAAUCUGUGAGAAAGUGGAGAAAUCGGACAUCGCUACCAUCGACAAGAAGAAAUACCUUGUCCCCGCCGACCUCACCGUUGGUCAAUUCGUCUAUGUCAUCCGCAAGCGCAUCAAGCUCUCGCCUGAGAAAGCCAUAUUCAUCUUCGUCGAUGAGGUCCUGCCACCCACUGCUGCGCUCAUGAGCUCCAUCUACGAGGAGCACAAAGAUGAGGAUGGCUUCUUGUACAUCACCUACUCUGGCGAGAACACGUUCGGUUCAGACGCCUAG